AUGCCUUCAAGAAAGCCACAUAGCUUAGAACCACCGCACGACCACUUGGUCCAUGAUGCGCCAGAAGAGGAUAUGCCAUAUGACAGGGAGGCCGCUGAGCGGGCGCCUCUAUUGCCGAGGUCAGAUCGAGGAUGGAGCAACCAAGACAAAUCUGACGACGAAGACCAUUCCUCUACGCGGAGCGCCUUCGCAGUGACGAUUGCUAUUAGUGUGUUGCUUAUGAUGGCCGACAUCUGCAAUGAUAUAGCCAUGGCGCCGCGGAUGGUGAUUUUUGAGGAUAUAAUUUGUCAUGAUUAUUACGCAGGCUUCGCGGGCGUGGCUGACUGCAAGAUUGAACCAGUCCAGAGCGAAUUGGCCCGCAUCAAUGGGUGGAAGAGAACGUUCACCAUGAUCCCUGGUUUGGCACUCUCAAUUCCAUAUGGCGCUCUAGCAGACCGCAUCGGACGCAGUAAAGUGCUGAGUCUGGCGUUAUGUGGAGUUCUGCUCAACGAAACUUGGACCACGAUAGUUUGUGCAAUGCCUCAAGUCUUCCCUCUCAGGGCAGUAUGGUUCUCUGGAAUAUUUACUAUCCUCGGUGGAGGUCCCUCGACAGUCGUCUCCAUGUGCUAUGCAAUCAUUGGUGAUGCGUGCCAUCCACACCAGCGAACGACUGCCUUUUCUCUGAUAUAUGCAGGCUUUCUUAUUUCCGAAAUGGUUUCCACCCCGCUGGGUGCUGUAUUCAUACCUUUGAACCUGUGGAUCCCAGUCCUAAGCGCCAUAGGAAUACGGCUUGGAUUCACCCUGUUUACCAUUGCUGUCACGGUCAAGUAUAAUAAUAACACAGGACGGCUUAAGGAUUUACCUACAGAUGAUCAAUUCUCACCAACCAUGUCCUCCCCUUCACCACAAAGAAAUGUACGAGAUCGAGUUAGCCGAGGCAUCGCAGCUCUAGCUGGAGCUACUACUGAGUGGAUUACGAAGGAUGUCGCACCUGCAGACGUCGUCAUGUCAAGUGUGACCAAAAGCGCCGCAGCCGAAGAGCAUGAUAUCGAAAUGGUCAAAUUCCUUUUGAAGAACGGUGCCAAUGUGAACGCACCGCCAGCCAAGGUCAGGGGAGAGACAGCGCGGCUUGAUGUUUUCCAAAUUCUCCUGGCCGCGGCAGCUGAUAUAACAAGUUCUGCUGGAGAGUAUCGCAACAAGGACCUGCUGUGUUCUCUUGCCAGGGCAGGCGACGUUGACUUGGUUCAGCUCGUCGUAGACGAGCAGAUCUCGGCCGGUCAUACGUCGCGGACAGGGACGCACACCGCUCCAGGCUACUGCAGAAGACGGCCAUCUGGAGGUGGUGAAGGGACUCUUAGCACCAAGUUCCAAUGUCAAUGCACCAGCUGCGCCAUUCUAUGGGAGAACUGCACUUCUAGCCGCGGCAUCCAGUGCGGACAUGAACCUUAA